AUGCCAGACGCUAUUCCGAAUACUGGUUUUUUCGCCGGAAAAACAGUGUUCAUCACUGGUGCCUCUCGUGGAAUUGGAAAGGAAAUUGCUCUGAAGUUGGCGAAAGAUGGAGCAAAUAUUGUGGUAGCUGCAAAAACGGCAACUACUCAUCCAAAAUUACCGGGGACGAUAUACACAGCAGCAGAGGAGAUUGAAAAGGCUGGAGGGCAUGCUCUUCCGUGUGUCGUUGAUGUUCGGGAUGAAGUAGCCGUGAAAGCAGCAGUUGAUGCUGCUGUUAAAAGAUUCGGAGGAAUUGAUAUAUUGAUCAACAAUGCUUCUGCCAUAUCCCUCACAAAUACAGAAGAUACUGAUAUGAAACGCUACGAUCUGAUGCAUUCCAUCAACACACGUGGUACAUAUCUUCUUACCAAAACUUGUCUGCCAUAUAUGAAGAAAGGAAAGAAUCCACAUAUUCUAAAUAUCUCUCCACCUCUUGAUAUGGAUGCGAAAUGGUUUGGACCGCAUGUGGGAUACACGAUGGCAAAGUUCGGAAUGUCGAUGUGUGUCCUAGGGCAUCAUGAAGAAUUCCGUCCGUAUGGAAUAGCAGUAAAUGCACUAUGGCCGUUGACUGCCAUCUGGACAUCAGCAAUGGAGUUUUUGUCGCAUGGUGGAGAUUCAGCUGGUAACAGAAAAGCAUCGAUUAUGUCAGACUCGGCUUAUGUCAUUCUCUCUCAAGAUUCGAAAAUGUUCACUGGAAACUUUUUGAUUGAUGAAGAAAUUCUGAAGAAGCACGGAGUAAAUGAUUUCAAACAAUAUGAAUGUGUUCCGGGAAGCUCACUCAUUCCAGACUUUUUUGUUCCAGCAAAAUCAUAUGAGGCCAGAUUUGGAUCAAAGUUGUAA